AUGCUCGUAGCGCACCAGGCUGUUGUGCAAUCUGUUCCAGCUAAGCCGGCGUUGAAUUUCCGCAGUCAACGAUACCGAUUCCAGAUCAGUACUACGAGCGCGAGCCACUCGUCUCCCGUCGCGAGGCCGUGCCGCGCAUCAACCUCCUCGUUCCUUUCGACCAAUGAUGCAACCACAAGUUAUCAUCCCUGCAGCGGCGCGGUGGGAACGGCGGCACAGACUCGGGCUCUUACGCACGGCGCGGUCGUCGGGAGUCCAACCAGUCGUUACUUCUCGACAACGGAGUCCGCAUCCUUCGCCGCAUCGUCCGCGUCGGGCGCGUCGUCACCUUGGAGCAGCAGCAGCGCUACUAACGCAGCCCAUAGAGCAGCCAAUCUCUUCACGAGAAUCCACAGCCACCCGCCGCGGCGCUACCCGUCGCGAGAAUCAAUCCCCUCGUUGCUGUCACCCCGGGCCGCGCCUGCACUCACGUCCGCGUUUACCGCAAGCGAUCAGUCCAUGCAGUUCCGCAAACGCGCGUACGAUCAGCAAACUGAUUUUUCUCCCAACGUGUGGUCGGGCCGCGGAGCGAGCUCGGUGUCCCUUCGCCAGCCCCGCGCGUUUCUCGGGAUCUUCAGUCCCGUGGUCGCCGCAAUCGUCGCCGCGUUUGCCGCUGUGUUCGUGGUCGGAGCCGCACUGAAAGCGGUCGUCGCGAUUACCUUCGCCAUGGUCGCGGUUUCCGUUAUCCUCCCCAUCGCAUUCUUCGUUUUGCUGUUCUCGCUCCCGCUCUUCAUCCCCGCGAUACAGCUCGGAAUAGCAGCCGCGGUCGGGACCGCAGGGGCAGCUUUCGCCCUCAUCGCGACUAUAUUAGGAGCGGCAUGGUCGUUUGGGCUGCUCAAUCGCGGAUCCAGUUCCCGCAGCAGUGAUAAAGCCGGUCGCGGUGGAAGGCGGGGGAAGAGAGGGAAGCGCAGCAGUGAUUUUGAAAGCGAGAUGAUGGAUUACCUUGACUUGAGCCCCAAGGAGCGGGAGAAGAUGAAGAAGGCGCUGAAUAAGCUUGGCGUGAGGAGGUGGUUCAAUGGCGCCUCAAGUGAGGAUAAUGAAUGGAAGAAGUGGGUAGACUACAUUGAGUGCAGUGAGGACGAGGAGGAUAGGGCUGAUGGGAGGAGGGUCAGGGAACGAAGGGAUGCAGGAGGUGAAACGGAAAGCUUUUUCAUGAGUAGCGAUAACAAGCGUGGUGGUAGUAAGAAGGGGAGUGGCAGUGGGACAGGGGUAUGGCUGGAGGAAGAGGAGCGGAAGCGGAUGAAGAAGUUUGACGAGAAGCUGAUUGAGAAGAGUGUGCGGAAGAUGGGAGAUCCAUCUUCUUGGUCAGUAGAUCAGGUGGCUUCCUGGCUUGAGCUGCAAGGCUUUGGUGCAUAUGCAGACACUUUCAAGGAACAACGCGUCUGUGGUGGGGUUCUGCUCAACCUGACAACAGCCAGUCCCCCGACCUUCGUGCCCUUCCUCCCGUCCUUCAUCUCCCCUUUCCUCAACCACCCCCAACCCCCCCUUCCCCCACCCUUACGUCCCUUCCUUAUAUCAGGCGGCCAUCCCGCCGUCUACAUAGUCCGCCUGCGCUCCGCGCCCGCCAUCCCCGCAUACGUCGGCGGAAUCCCCGGUUUCCCCGCGACCGCCUCCCCUGUGGUUGUCGCGGAAGCAGCAGCGGUAGCCGCGGCAAGGGGGAAUGGAAAACGAGUUAGACCUCACGGGAUGACGACCGCAGCUGACGCGGAAGAGAAUGACGAGUUGGACGAUGAUGACUAUAACGAGGACGACGAAGAUAAUUACGGAGAUGAUAAUAACAAUACCGAGUCGGAUGUUCCAGAUAUGGCGGGUAUCCGCGUUAGCGUCAAACCACGGACUGGCAGCGGCGGCGCGGGGGGGAAGGAGGUUCCGCGGGGACCCGUGCCGGCGACGCGCGGAGUGCGCGUGAACGUGCAGGCGGCGCACGUGAAGGCGUUUGCGCGCAUGCUGGUGCGGCAGCAGCAGCAGGUGGUGGCGGAGACCCGCUUGAGCGAGCGCAACAUGCUGUACAGUGACAUUGGGAUCGGAUCAAAGCAAAAGUGGCAGCAGCAGCAGCAGGUGGUGGCGGAGACCCGCGUGAGCGAGCGCAACAUGCUCUACAGUUACAACUUUGCAGCCAAUGGCUUCGCAGCGCGCCUCACGCAAGCGGACGUUAGGAGAUUAAAGCGCCACGCCAUGGUCGCUGACGUCACCAGGAGUUAUGGCGUCCGGUCCGCUACCACCUACACACCGAGAUUUUUGCAGCUGCCCGGAUCCAUGUGGAAAUCUAGCGGCGGGGGGAGCCGGGCAGGUGAAGGAGUCGUGAUCGGCGUGGUGGACACUGGAAUAUGGCCCGAGCACCCUUCGUUCCGAGUAGCUAACUCCUCGCACGUGUACCCGCGCCCGCCGCGCCGGUGGGCGGGCAAAUGCGUGCGCACGCGCGACUUCCCCGCGUCACGGUGCACGUGCAAGCUGGUGGGCGCGCGCUUCUUCUCGCACGCGUACGAGGCGCAGGGCGGCGUGGUGGACACGCAAUACGACUUCCGCUCGCCGCGCGACGCGGACGGCCAUGGCACGUGGUGUGCAGGCACAGCAGCAGGCACGGGCGGCACGCCCGUACUCACAUCCGAGCGCCCCCCCGUGCGCUCGCUCGGUAUCGCGAGUGGCAUGGCACCCGGCGCGCAUCUCGCAGUCUACAAAGUCCUCUGGACCAACGCCACUCUCGCCGGCUACGGCGAGCUGGCAGACGUGCAUUACGCCAUAGACCGGGCUAUUAAAGACGGGGUUGACGUGCUGUCACUGUCGCUGGGUGGUUUGGGUCCGGAUCAGCAUUACUUUGAUGAUUUGCUGUAUCUGCUGGCGAAUCAGGCGGGCAUGGUGGUGGUUACGGCGGCCGGGAAUCAAGGCCCGGCGCCGAACCUGGGGUUGUGGAACCGCUCCAUAGGACGGCGUUUCCUCAUGGAGCUGAGGCUGGGCAGUGGGCUCAGUGGGCUCAGUGGGACAGCGUUUCCUCACGGAGCUGAGGCUGGGCGGUGGGCUCAGUGGGUGGUGUUCGCCUCUGGAGUGGGCUCAUACACCUGCCUCCCCUCUCCCAUAACCCCUCCCACUUACCCAUCCAUUAUCCAUCCUACCCACAGCUCCAUAGGCCGCCGGUUCCUCACGGAGCUGAGACUGGGCAGUGGCAGGGUGGUGUACGCCUCUGGAGUGGGCUCGGGCACCUAUGCCACGCGCCGCCUGCCGCUGCUCUCUGCUGCUGACGCUGCCGGCCCCGAAAGCUCUCUGGAAGGGGCCACCCACUGCCUACCCGAAUCGCUCUCCCCUGCACGAGCACGGGGAGCCAUAGUCCUCUGCACGCGGGGCAUGGUGGGAGUCCAAGACAAGCUGCGCUCAGUGGCAGCAGCCGGAGGAGUAGCCAUGAUCCUUGCAAACGAAGACGGAGGCUUAAUCGACCUCAACACCCUCUCUGCCACGGCCGGCGCGCCCAUCCCGUUCAUCCACGUCAAUCUCGCGCAGGCUCGGAUCAUCCGAGCCUACAUCCAGAACACGCCCAAACCUACUGCGACCAUCAUGGCCCGGUGCCACAUUUUGGAAAACGCCGCGCCGCCCAUGAUUGCGUCGUUCUCCUCCACUGGCCCCACGGUGAACCCGAGGUUUGGCGCGACCGCGCCCUACCCCACGAAUGAUAUCUUAAAGCCCGAUGUGGUUGCGCCUGGGCAGCAGCAGCAGCAGCAGCAGCAGCAGCAGCAGCAGCAGCAGCAGCAGCAGCAGCAGCAGCAGCAGCAGCAGCAGCAGCAAAGGCAUUAG